AAUCACACACACGAGCUACAUCCCACUCCACAAUCUAGAUGGUCUCCCGAUUCCGAGUGAAGAAACUCUCACCCAAGCACCCUCUCCCUAUCUUCAAGGAAUCCCAGCUUCCCGAUAUCACUGAUGCGGCCAACGUGCAGCGCUCAGUGCCACAGAUAGAGACCGGUGUUGAAAAGGAAGAGGAAGAAGAGCAUGAUCUGCAAGCCGCUAUCUCGGCGGCUCAUGCGGCGGUCACCACCGGUGCCAAGGUCGAGAGCUACAUCCCCACUCCCGAUGCCUCUCACAACAUCUCAGAGAAGGAAUACCGCAAAAUGUACAAGAAGGCCUUCAACAAGCCAUCCACCCUGAUACGCUUCUCCUCCACCGUCGAGGACACCACAGGUUGCCCCUAUGUGAUGGACGAAGAAGACGACGCUUUUCUGAAACAGUACAAUAAUGAUACUGCUACUACACCAUCCUUGUCCGAAGAUGACUUUGAAAAGAUCAUGUGGCAGUACGAGUCCACCGUUGACCAGCAUUGGCCUCAUCUUGACGUGGAUCCCUCACAAAUUCCUUCGCUGAAUGCAUUACAACACUUACUGCCAGACAAGUCCAAAUUAAACGAGCGAGUAUAUCAGCAUUGGCGAGAGCGUCGGCUAGCACGCCAAGGCAAAGAUGUUAUACCACAGCUUCUUUCUGAAGACACACUGAAAGGCGAAAUCGACCCUUACGUUUGCUUCCGCCGGCGAGAAACCAAACCGAUUCGCAAGACUCGUCGAACAGACCAACAGUCACUUGAACGGCUGCGCAAGCUGCGUUCAGAAAUGGAGAUGUCUCGAAACCUGCUUGAGAUGGUGCUGCGGCGAGAAAAGAUUCGUAAGGAAGGCCUGGUGCUUGAACAUACUGUAUUCGACAAGAAAUGUAAGCUGCGAGAGUAUCAGCGACAGCUUGGUAUCAAGGAAGACGAAGAUUUGUUGCCGUUGCUGUCCAAGAAGAAACGUAAGACGUCCAUGGAGAGCGGUUCAUCCGGUGCAACGAUUAAAAUCCCACUCAACAAACUCAAACGGGACGACGGCCGGCAUGACAAGUCACCCAUGCAGAUGGCGAUCGACGCAGAACUUGCACGGAAGCGAGAGCUUGAUGCUCCUUACGAAGAUGUUACAGAGUGUCCUUAUCAGCCAUUUCCGCUCCCAUUGCCAAAACAAUUCUAUCAGUCUCUUUCCCAACAAAAGCAGCCACACCAACCUUGUUUCCGAAAACGCAUUGGCCGCGGUGGCCGUGUUCUUAUCGAUCGCACUGGACACAAACGAGAUGCUCUUGGUGGGAAAACUGCGCCUGCCACACCCUUUCAGCAAAAAGCAUACGAACGGUAUCGAUUCGACUCUGAUUCCAGUGACGAAGAUGAACCAUUUGAAGUCGAUGAAAUGGAUGAUCGGUACUUGCAACACCGGACACACUUACUCUCUGAAGCCGAACUCCGCAAUCUCGUUACUAUCCCAUUCGUCACACCACAAAACGUUAUGCAGCAACAGCACCAGCAAGCACAGGCAAGGGCCAAUGGUGGUGGUAGUGGUAAUAACCACAGUCGCUCCGGCAGUUUGAACGGUUCGUCUCUAAACGGUCAAAACAAAGGCAUCGCAUCGCUUCCUAUUAAACGCCAGAACAGCCGAACUAAAAUGACUCCUCAACAAGCUGCGGUUGCCAUGGCAAACGGAAUGAUUGCUGCAAACAUGGCAGCUGUUGUCAAUGGUAACCAAAAGAACGCAAUGCAAAUGGCAAUGGCGGCAGCCCAGCAACAACAGCAGCAGCAGCAACACCCGCAGCCACAGCAGCAGCAGCAGCAGCAAGGGAAUGCUUCGCCAUUGAAGCAAAGUGUUUCAGCUUCACCGCAUCCUUCAUAA